AUGACUAGAUUUGUUAGUUUAUAUUACGAAGUAUUCGGUAAAGUACAAGGAGUAUGGUUUCGAAAAUACACAAAAGACAAAGUGAAUGAAUUAAAACUUGUUGGAUACGUAAAAAAUACGGAAAGAGGUACAGUAAGCGGAAUCGCACAAGGUGAAAGAGAAAAAAUCGAAAUUUUUAAAAAAUGGUUACAAUAUGAAGGAUCACCUUCAUCCAGAAUUGAUAAAACCACUUUACAAGAAGAAGAAAUUGAAAAAGUUGAAUUUCAUGGAUUUGAAAUUAAACAUUAA